AUGGCAAAUCCCUUGGCGGAGACGAAAGUUGCUCAGUCGAAUCCCAUUCCCUCUUCUUCGCCUGCGUUCGGAACACCUGCACAUCCGAUUCUCCCACGGAGAACAAAUCCAAUUGCCCCUCCUCAGUUCAAGCCGCCUACCAUUCUACCGGUCCUGCUCCCUCCAGCGACUCUGCGCCCCCUCGCCUUCAGAACGUUCACAAAAAAGCACAACCUCACGCUCACAUCCUCGGCCUUGGCCGCGCUCGCCACUUUCAUCGGAAGGCACUGUGGAUCAGGAUGGCGCGAGGAAGGGCUCGCAGAGGGUGUACUGGAGGAGGCGGCCAAGAUGUGGAAAAAGGAGAGCACAUCCGUCAUCGUAGAUGGCGACAAUGAGAUUCUGAAAAACAUUCUGAAAACCUUAGAGCCGUCUAUGGUGGGAGGCAAAGUCCAAGUAGGAAAGCCGGGCUUGAGCAGGCAAGGCAGCUUCGCCUUCUCAGACGCGAGUGGUGUGUCUGGCGAUGGAGAAUUAGGGAGGCCAGUGUUAGAGACCCAGAACAGUUUCGGAAUAUCGGGUCUGGAGGUGCAGGAUGAAGAGGAGGACAAUAGCAAGAUCAAGGACCCGAGAGAGUGGAUUAAGGUUAUUAGUACGUUCGAACAGCCUAGGUUGACAUAUAACGCGCAGAAGAAAAACUUUGACAAAAAUCCCGAGAAGCCCUCACUGUUGGCUCCGCCAACACACAAGAUCGAGUAUUUCCGUCAGCGAUAUCACAUCGUGCACCAACGCAUCUUACGCAACGAAUCUUUUCAGUCUGGGCCUUCCUUCGCGGGAAAGACCGAGGCAAACAGGAUUACACCAAUCGCGAAUCUACUUGGGCGGAGCGGAAGCACGCAUCUACUGCUCGGCCUCCUGACCGUCUCUGCAACCGGCACACUUGCUGUCUCAGACCUGACAGGAACCAUUGCGCUCGACAUCCAGCAUGCACGCCCAGUAGGAGAAGAAGACAGUUCUUGGUUCUGCCCGGGCAUGAUUGUCCUCAUUGACGGUGUCUACUCAGAAGACUACAGCACAACAGCUGAGACCGCUCUGGGAAACAGCGGUGGUAUUGGUGGUACGAUCGGCGGCAAGUUCAUUGCUUCAGUGAUGGCGCAUCCCCCUUGUGAACGUAGAGCAGCUGCACUCGGCAUCCAAGAAAACUCUGGACUGAACAAGGUCACUGUGGGCGGGCCUGGCUUUGGCUGGACAGACUUCUUGGGCGUCGGCUCCGAACGAGCUACAGGUAUACGCAUGCGAAAGCUCGAGUCGCAGAUCUUGGGUCCUGGGGCGCCGCACGCUGGCAACGCGAAGAUCGCCAUUGCCUCUGAACUCAAUUUGGACAAUCCUGCCUCUCUGGCUGCCGUUCGCACUCUGCUGUCAACGUACUCGGCGCUGGAUCCAUCUGAAUUCCCGAUGUCGUUGGUGUUGAUCGGCAAUUUUGUGUCUCACGCCGCGCUGGCCGGUUCUCCGGGCUCUGGUAGUAUCGAAUACAAGGAAUAUUUCAACGCGCUGGCAUCCGUAUUCUCGGAUUACCCGCAGCUGAUCGCACGGCUCAAUAUCGUCUUUGUACCCGGUGAUAAAGACGCUUGGCAUUCAGCCUUUUCUGCUGGUGCGGCUUCGCCAUUGCCGCAGAAGCCUGUCCCUGAGCUCUUCACCAGUCGUUUGAGGCGUGUGAUGGCAGAAGCGAACAGGGAGGUUGGAGGUUCGGGCAAGGGAAGGAAAGAAGGUGAGAUCGUGUGGACGAGCAACCCCACACGACUGACCUGGUUUGGCACCGCGGGUGAGAUGGCGAUUCUGCGCGACGAUGCAACUGGACGGCUGAGAAGAAAUGCUCUUCGGUUCAAUAAAGAAACGAUCGACGAUGAAGCUGACGAAGACAUGAUGUCCUGCGCGAACGGAACGAACCGAGAGCCAGAAUCGCAAGUCACACAAACGAUGGAAGUCGACCCGCCUCCUACAGUCUCUAAAAUAGACCCGGACACCCUCACGGCACGUCGUCUCACGAAGACCAUCCUCGAUCAGGGACAUCUUGCCCCCUAUUCCCUCCAUACACGGCCUGUGCAUUGGGACUACGGCAGCGCUCUACAGCUUUAUCCACUGCCGACAGCGUUGGUUCUUGCAGACCCAGAAGCACCUGCAUUCGCAUUAAAUUAUAUGGGAUGUUGCGUCAUCAACCCGGGAUGCAUUGUUGACGGCCGGAGAGGAGAGAAAGCGAGGUGGGUAGAGUACGACGUUGUGCUCAACAAGGGAACGGUCAGGAGCGAGGGUGGCUGA